AAUUGAAAGGAGGUUGGAGUUUAGAGGGUUAACUUUCCUUCCUAGUCUUCCACUUCAACAAUGGGUGAGAAAUGAAUAAUCCACUACCGACACUGUCUUUCGUGUAAAGCUUCAGACAUACCAUUAAAGGGUACAGAGAUUGAGAGAAAACUACUUGUGGGACUUCACCCCCCCCUCCCCCCCCCCCCAAAAAAAAAAAACUGUUUUUUCUCUGUCUCUGCAAUAAACUGGAAGGAGCAGACACAGAGACAGGGAGAGACAGAGAGAGAGAGAGGUGUGGGGGAGACAGUAUGGCUAAGUUAAUCAAAGGAUAAGAUUUGAUCCAUCUCUCUUAUGUUUUCUUUUUUCUUUGUAUAAAGUCCAGAAGAAGCAGAUUCACGGAUAUUGAGAAGAAGUUUCUAAAGAUUUUGUUAAGCUAGCUAUGGGAACUCUUGCAAUCGAUACCGAGUGUGUGGAUUCUGAUAUAUACCGUGCUUUGGGAUUCAAAGAAUUGGGUAAAGGAGUUGUUGGAACUCCACGGAUUUUAUCACUUCUUUCUUCGCUUCUUGAGGAAUCCGUCCAAAGAAACGAGAUGGAGUCCGAGACGGUGAACUUCAAAGAUAAUGUUGCCAUGUUUCAUGGGUUAAGAGCUCCCACCAUAAGCAUUCAGCAUUAUAUCGAUCGCAUCUUCAAGUAUGCUGGCUGCAGUCCGUCGUGCUUUCUCGUUGCAUACAUUUAUGUCGAUAGAUUUGUUCAACAAACGGAUGUGCAUUUGACUUCCCUUAAUGUUCACCGACUCCUCAUAACCAGUGUAUUGGUAGCCGCAAAGUUUAUUGAUGAUGCGUUUUUCAACAAUGCAUAUUAUGCGCGAGUGGGAGGGGUAAGCACGGCGGAGCUCAACAGGUUGGAGAUGAGCUUUCUGUUUGGUCUGGAUUUCAGACUUCAAGUAACUGUGAAUACAUUCCAAGGAUACUGUUGUCAGCUGCAAAAGGAAUGUUGGGAAGGUAAUCAAAUCGAACGGCCUAUUCGAGCCUGUGGAAUCAAAGAUAGUUGGCCAAGCAAAAGUGAUACGCAAUGCGCUCCCACAAUUUCAAGAUGAAGCUACGCGGUCAUGCCAAGAUUCUUGAAGAAACGGCAAGCUUUUGCAUCAUUUGAAUGCGCCUAUUAGUUAGCAUUGAUUGUUUCCAUCUUUUUCAUGAUGUUGUUUGUUUCUUAGCGUGCACCUUUGUGUUCAUUGCUUUGCAGUGCAAAAAGGGAUGUUGUAUAUUAACUUUGUGAGCAUCAAAUUUAUUUUAAAUGAUUUAAUUUUUAUCCAACUUAA